AUGGCCGACAUCCUCGUGCCGCAGACUCCGCCUCGCAAGGUGAUGAAACCGAGAAGGGCGGCGGACUUGACAGGUCUUUGGGAGGCCUGGGAGGAGAACCGUCAGCUACGCAAACAGAGCCGGAAGAAGGGAAGCUUGCUGGAAUGGGAACACCCCUCCAAGGUUGGGCUCAUAAACCGGAGGUCUCUGAUGCUGAACUGGAAGGUGAUCUUGCCUUUGCUUGAAAUCUACUGCCCAAAGAAUGAGCCCAAGACCGUGCCCGUGCAAAGCCUGAAGCAGCACGUCAGGCGGUUCUUCGAAGAGAUCGAGGUCACUCCCAAGAACGGUUUGUGCCACUGCACCAGCCACAGCUUGAAAAUGUUCGUGAGCUACAUUAUUCGGCGACAUGACGGAUCUGUGAGAAAGGAUCACCGCCUCAAGGCCAUCUUCGACGAGGUGGCCAAGAGCUGGCCGCCGAAGGCCCGCAGCCGCAGGACCUUGGUUGAGGAAGCCGAGAAUCCAGAUGAUGAUGAGUGUGAGAAGGAAGGCCAGGAGGAGGAAGAGGAAGAGGAGCUACAGUUGACCGAGGAUGAGGUUGAGGAAGAUUCUCAAGCAGCUGAGGUUGAUGACUACCUAGCCGAGGCCAUGGGCCUUGUUCCGGGAAGCCCGCAACCACCUUCGGCCUAUGUGGGUACGGUGGCCUAUGAGCUGAGCAAUGAAGGGGAGCCGGUGCCUUAUCGGCCAGCUUUGCUUGAUGGCAAUGAAGGCGAGGCUGGUGCAGGCACAGAUCUGGUGAAACGGUUGGCUGAGCUGGAGCAUCUUGCUUCAAAUGAAGGGCAGCAAAUCGCCCAUCGAAGAGCAGCUUUGUCUGGCCAGAUGGCAAUCCAACGGUGGCACAGUUUGCAGCACAUGGACAGCCAACGGACCAUCGCUUGGCCGGAGCGGCUAGAUGAUGGGCAUGAGCAGGAUGCCUUCGCAGAUCCUCCAGCUACCUCGGAAGCUGUGGGUGGGUUUGUGCGGUUCAGACGAGACGGAGAGACCAGAUGCAAGAAAGGGAGCAGGCGAAGCGGGCAGACGAUGAUUCCCAUGAAGCGGCCUGCAGCCAAGUCGGCAACAAAGGGUGGUGGCCAGAGGGGCUGGCCGAAGGGGAAAGCAAAAGCCCGGGCCAAGCCUUUGGAGAAGGGUGAAGACGAGGAGCCAAAGCCGAAGCCAGCCAAACAAGGCAAGCAGGGUGACGACGAGGAGCCAAAGCCGAAGCCAGCCAAACGAGGCAAGCAGGGCAAGCAGGGUGACGACGAGGAGGAGCCAAAGCCGAAGCCUGCCAAAAGAGGCAAGCAGGGUGACGACGAGGAGCCGAAGCCUGCCAAGAAGGGCAAGCGGGGUGACGACGAGGAGCCGAAGCCUGCCAAGAAGGGCAAGCGGGGUGACGACGAGCCGAAGCCGAAGCCUGCUACGAAGUGCAAGCAGGGUGACGACGAGCCGAAGCCGAAGCCUGCGAAGAAGGGCAAGCAGGGUGACGACGAGCCGAAGCCGAAGCCUGCGAAGAAGGGCAAGCAGGGUGACGAGCCAGUGCCGAAGCCUGCUAAGAAGGGCAAGCAGGGUGACGACGACGAGCCACUGCCGAAGCCUGCCAAGAAGGGCAACGAGCCGAAGCCUCCGCUCAAAAAGACGUUCGCCAGAAGGUUCGAGCCGCCAACCGAGGGGGACCCCAAGUGCCUUUGGACGUCCAUCCGGGAUGCCUUCAACGCCGUGAUUCGCCAACACUUCCGUUUCCCUGUUAAGCACGAGGAUCUCUUCUGGAAGCACUGCCGGCCCAUUCUGAUCCAGGAGGAACAGCCCCACUUCAGAUCGAAGGCACAGCAGGUUGCCUUUGAGUGGUUGGAAAUGCAGAGAGCAAAUGGUGCUCUGGACAACCUUGACAACUAA